GAUUGCCAAAAGUCUGCAGGCAAUCACCGGAAACAUGCUAUAGCUCUCCGCAAAGUACAAGUGAAAUGUUCAUUAUAUAAGCCUAUAAAUAAUGGAUCGUCUGACAGUCAAUCAGAUGACGAACAGGCUUUUAAUGACAAAUUUGUCAAAAAUUUGAAAAUUUUACCAGUAAAAAAAGGACAACCAAAUUUCGAGCGUGUGAUAAAAUUCGUGGGUGAAAAAGACAAAGAGCUUUUAACCGAACAAAAUGAUAAUCACUCUGAAGAUAAGGAUGACGAUUAUGCUGAUACAUUAUCUUCACGCUUUACUGAAUUUCUUAUCCAGCAUUUGUUGAAAGGCAUUAAAGCUAAAAAUAACAACGUGAAAUUACGCGUUUGCCAUUUAAUAGCACACCUUAUUGGCUGUUUGGGUUCAAUCGAGGAUGAUUUAUACGAAUGUUUGAGAGUUGAAUUGGCUAAACGUUUACUUGAUAAAGAAGCUGGUGUACACGGUGAUGAUGAUUAUGGAAAAGAUGUGAUUAAAAAUUUGAUCAGAAUGUUAGAUAAUGACCCAAGCGCAGAAGUUCGACAUGUCGAUCCAAUGAAUCGUCGAGGAGUUUAUAUGAAAUUCAUUGAAGAAAUUAAUGACUUUCGCGUUUUAUCUAUUAAAGAUCGAAAAAAAUUAUUAAACUGGGGUCUUACAGACAG